CAAUUGUUAAUUAUGAAUUCACAGUAGUUAGUAUAUAUGUGAAUUAUAUAGAUGUUUUCAACAAAUUCAAGAAUAGGAAGGGAGAAUUCGAUGAAAAAACUCUUGUUCAAGAUGUUCAAGGAAUGUGGAGCUUGUAUGAGGCUACAUAGUUAAGAGUUCAUGGAGAAGAUAUAUUAGAGAAAGCACAUAAAUUCACAUACAACAAACUUAAGUCCAUCACCAAUCAAUUGAGCCCAUCUCUUGCUAACCAAGUCAAUCAAAGUUUAGAACAACCUCUUCACAAGGCAAUUCCAAGAAUGAAGGCAAGGUCAUAUAUGUCUUUUUAUGAAGAAAAUCCUUCCUGUGACAAGGUUGAUCUUCUAAGCUUUGCAAAAUUGGAUUUCAAUAUGGUACAAAAAUUAUAUAAAAAAGAAAUUGGUAGUAACACCAAGUGGUGGAGAGAAUUAGAUUUUGCAACAAAGGUUCCUUAUGCAAGAGAUAGGGUAGUUGAAGGAUUCUUUUGGCCUUUUGCUACGAACUCUGAGCCUAAAUAUAGCACUGCAAGACAAAUGAUAACCAAAUUGUCUAUAUGUAUCUCUCUUGUGGAUGAUACUUUUGAUGUUUAUGGCACAGUUGAAGAACUUGAACUCUUCACCAAAGCAAUCCAAAGAUGGGAUAUUCGAUGCAUUGAGUCUCUUCCGGAUUGCUUUAAAGUUAUUUUUAAUGCAAUUAUGGAAUGCUGGAUGGAAAUAGAGGUUUUCAUGAAUGAUGUGGGUGGAGACUCAAACUUAGUGUUGCAACAUGUUAAACAGGCUUUUUCUAAUAUAGUACAAGCUUACAUGGUUGAAGCAAAAUGGUGCCAUGAGGACUAUAUUCCAACAUAUGAUGACUACAAGAUUAACGGAAUUCUCACUUCAGGAAACCCAUUGUUCACAACAAUGUUCAUUGCUCUUGGAGAAUUUGCAUCCAAAGAAAUGUUUGAUUGGAUUUCUAAUAUUCCCUUCAUCUUAAAAGCCACAUCAUUUGUUGGCAGACUAACAAAUGAUUUGUCCUCACAUAAGUUUGAACAACAAAGGAAACAUGUUGCUUCUGCAGUAGAAAGUUGCAUGAAGCAGUAUAACUUUUCAGAAGAGGAGGCCUAUGAAUUCAUCAAAAAGGAUAUCAAUGAUUCUUGGAAGGAUAUGAACGAAGAGUAUCUCAAGUUAACCGAGGAAAUCCCAAGACCCAUCCUUGAUUGCAUUGUUAACUUGGCUCGCAUAUGUGAGUUUAUAUAUGCAAACUUUGAAGAUAAAUACACCAAUUGUGAACUUUUGAACGAUGACAUCAUGGCACUGCUUUUGGACCCCAUCAUCGUGUAGCAGUUUCCUCAAGAAAUAAAUCGUUUAACAUUUGUUCUAAAUAAAUAACUCUAACAAAUUUUAUUAUAAUAUAAUUAAGAAACUGAGACUAAAAUUUCUGUUUCAUCCUCGUCAUAUUGCGUCUGUUGUGCACGUUGUGACAUGUAUGAUGUUUAAUUUCUCUUUAUCGAUUGUUUGUGUUAUAUUUUAUAUAUCUUCUUCUCUAUUUUUCUUAAUUUGCUAUUUGCAAAAAGCUAAGUAAGGUUAUACCAUUCA